UCGUGUUCCCGAGGAAGCUGUGUUGCGGAUUUGCAACGCCAGCUGUUGAUGACGAAGAAGAAGAGGGGUGGACGGAGCGCAGAGCCGUGGAAGUGCUGGUGGUGGCUCGUUUUAGGAUUUGUUAAGUGUAGGACAGGAUGUAAGGGAGAUUGGCGAUAGUAGAAGUUUGUUUUAGCUGCGGUAGAGAAUUUCGCUUGAUUCGCUCCUUUUAAUGCUUGUCGUGGGUUUUUGGAAGCUGACGGGAGGAACGGGAGUGAACGUUGUAGUGAUUGAUCUGCGGGAGUGGUGCAUUGAAGACACCAACUCUGCGGACAAUUGAGCUGAAUUUAUUCGUGAGGAGAGGCCUCUGAAUUGUGCAGUGUUGCAAAUGUUGUACGAUUAGAUUCUUUUUGAAUUCCCGCAGGAUUGACGAUCAAAGUCUUGGACGAAUUCUGUGAUAUAAAGUUUGAGACGUCUUUGAAGCAUUUUCGUAAGAAGAUGAAAACAGCGACGUCAGUCUAGUGCGGGGGCAUUUUUGGCUACUGAGCCAAAGCCAUGGGCGGCACACAUUUUUGUGAUUUCAAUAAGCUCAUACUGUAGUCUCAUUCCCACUCCAUCGAAGACUUUUACUCAGAGUCUUGGUGCGAUUCCCAAGACCUUUCACUUUGGGGGAGAGCAAAAGUUCUGGUGUUUUCGCUCUAUUGUUCAUUAGAUUGCUUGUCUUGGAAGUUUCGCUCAGUAGCUUUAGCGUAUAAAUUGUGUUUCAUGAGUCACGACCUCUAACAACAUGGUUGGUUUGGAUCGGGACAGUGCUAUUUGAAUGCUUCAUCCAUUCUUACACUUUCUCUCGUACAGUACGUGCAAUCGAAGGGAUCUAGGGCACGGAACUGAAAGCUCGAUGAUUGAGCAAGCUAAUGGUUAGGCAACAGAAGGGACUUGACAAUAGUAGUUUCUUACCGAUAUUUCAUUGCUCCAGAUGUAUCAUUGACUUCCACAAGGUGUUAGAGUGAGUAGGGUUUUUGAGGUAGUGAACGUGCGGCUCAACUUCUCUUUUGAAGAAGGCUUAAUGCCGGCAAGGUGGGGAAGAAAGAAAAAGGUUUCGAUGCAGGACCUGUUGGACGCAUCAAUCCCAGCUGUGGUCUUAAUUCCCUUGCUCAUAGUCUUUGCCGUACUAUGGGGCUGCUUUCAGUGGAGUGUGAAGUCAAGCGAGUUUCGCAGGAUCGAGGCCCUUAGAAUCCAACAGUUAGCGAAGGAGGUGCAGGAUAGAGUGGAGAGAGAGUAUGAAGAUUGCAAUCGUCACCAGGUAUCCCUGCGUCAGAGGCAGGUUGCUCAGCCUAAGCCAGUUGAUGAUUACAGAGCUGAUUACCGGAAUCAGCCAGCGGCUGGAUUUGUUUACCCGAGGCGUGCGCAAUUGGACCAGGAUUACAUAGUUGGUGGUACUAAAAAUUAUUCCAGAAAGCAAGGCGAGGAAGAAAUUCGACGGAGAAGUUGGGCGGAGGAAAGGAAAGAAGCUGAAGCGGAGGAGUUUCGUGUCAAACAAGCUGGAGAAUAUAACACGAGAAAACAGGCUGAGUUGGAGAACCUCCGGAGAAAGCAAGCUCAGGCUGAGGAGGAACUUAGACAAAAAGAAAUAGCUGAUGCAGAGGUUAGGAGGAUCCUUGCACAAGAGGCAGAGAGGAAACUUUUACAGGAAAACAGAGAGAGAUAUGAAGAUGAGGAAGUGCUAAAGAAGAAGAGACUUGCCGAAAUUGAUGAGAAUAACAAGAGAGCUGCGCUCGAAGCUCAAGCCAAAUUAUUGGCUGAGAAAAAGGAUUAUACGAGUAAGGAAGCGGUGGAAAGCAGUCCAAAAAGGACCCAAGGUUAUAUUUGCAUCGUUUGUCUCCAACGAACGAAACGAAGGUGUUCCAGAUGCAAAGCCGUGUUUUACUGCUCUCGAGAAUGUCAAGAACGACACUGGCAUGGUGGGCACAAGAAUGACUGUCGUAUAUUUGAUUCUAGUAGCAGCCCUAGAAGCUCAAAUGGCGAUAAUCGGGAUGUUUCUGACUCACUCACACCAAGGAGCUCAAUAAGUAACACGAGUAUCGAUGAAUCUGUAGCACCAUUGCUUUCACCUGCUCUAUCCCCUGCUAUUUCCCCUGCUAUUUCCCCUGCACCUACCCACGAGACUCCUAUGGUAUCGCAUUCUGCCCCAAUUUCUCCUCAACCGGGAUCGUUGCUGAAGACGUCCUCAAUUUUGUUAUCAGAUGGACGCCGCAUUAAACCUAAGAAGAUGUUAUUUCCUUAUGAGUACUUUAUAGAGCUGUUCGACACGGACAUAAAAUUUCUCCCUUGUGGUUUGGUGAAUUGCGGAAACAGCUGCUUCGCUAACGCUGUUUUACAAUGUCUUACGCACACACAGCCCUUGGUUGCGUACCUGCUUGGUGGAGAUCAUGGUAGACAUUGUAAGAGUGUGGAUUGGUGUUUUAUGUGUGCUCUGCAACAGCAUGCUGUCAAAGUGAUUCAACAGAGACCUUUUUCCCCAUCGAAUAUACUAUCGCAUCUAAGUAAUAUCGGUAGAGGUCUUGAUUUCGGCAAUCAAGAAGACGCUCAUGAGUUUAUGAUCUCUGCGAUUCACUUGAUGCAAUCUAUCUGCCUGGAUGGCGCUGGUGGAGAAAAUGCUGUGGAUGCUUGUACUGAGGAGACUACCCUCAUACACCAUAUAUUUGGUGGGCUUUUGCAGUCCCAGGUGACUUGCAAACAGUGCCGUCAUCAAUCCAAUAGCUAUGAAAUUAUGAUGGAUCUGACAGUGGAGAUCAACAGAAAUGUUCGAUCUCUGGAGGAUGCUCUUGCACAAUUUUCAGCUCAUGAAUUCUUGCAUGGCGAGAACAAGUAUAAGUGUGACCGUUGUGAUGCUUAUGUGGACGCGUACAAGCGGAUAGCGGUGCAUGAGGCGCCCAACGUCCUUGUUGUUACGCUUAAGCGAUUCAAGGGCGGCAGAUAUGAGAAGUUGACGAAGGAGGUCGUUUUCCCUGAAAUUCUGGACUUGACUCCAUAUAUGAGUGAGAAUGGGGACAGGCCUCCACACUACAAUCUAUAUGCCGUUGUUGUCCACGUGAAUGAAUCGAAUGCUUCACAUUACGGGCAUUACUUUUGCCUGGUGAUGAAUCCCAGCAGCCAUUGGUAUCGAGUUGACGACAUGAAGGUCACUGAGGUUAGCGUGAACUGGGUGACCUCUCAGGAAGCUUACAUACUUCUUUACAAAAGGUCGAAAUCACGCCUGAUGGAUUUUACGGAUAAUGCUGAUCAUCCAGUUAAAUCCGUUGCACAGAACGGUUCUGUGUCUAACGGGUUUAUAGCGCAUCCUCAGGCUCAGUAAACCCAUAUAUCACCGCUAUUUCAGACAGAUCAAGCAUCGUACAUGCCCACUUUGGUUUUAGAUACAACUAGCACUAUUUCUGCUCAUUGCGUAGCGACAUCUUGUUCAUUAGGUCAGUAUUGAAUCCACAAAUCACUGUGGAGAUUCACUUGAGGACAUAGAAUAGUGUGAGAAAGCUGUAGCUAAGGGAACUGUGUAAUUUGGAGUAGGACUGCCGAGCAUUGACAAAAAUAUUUUACAAUAAGGCUGGAGCUGAUCAAAGGACCCGAUGAUCUGGAGCCUGGAUUACAAAAGAUAUGGCACCCAUUGGUUGCCUUGACAUAACCUUAUCGUACAACCAGGGCAAUUUUCUUUUAAUGUAAAUUAAAAAACCAAUACUCUCUGAUUUCUGGGAGUUUCUGGGAUUUUGAUCUCUAAAAAAGAAAAAAAUUAGUAUCGAAUUUC